AUGGAUGAAUUUGAAGUUGACAUAUUGAUUGGGGCGGACUACAUUUGGCAGUUCAUGUUAGAUCACGUAGUACGGGGGGAGCAAGGUUAUGGCCCCGUAGCUACACUUACCAGAUUCGGGUAUGUACUUAACGGUCCCGUAGAAAUACCGUCAACAAAUGAACACUCAUCGAACAUUAUCAUUUCACAUGUCCUUAAAACUGACAAUAUUGUCGUUGAUAGCGAUAAACAUUUGAUAAACGAACUUCACAAAUUCUGGGAUAUCGAAUCUAUGGGUAUCAAGUCUAAUGAGCAAGAACUAACUUGUAGCGAAAAUCCAUUAGAGGGAAAAAUUCAUUUUAAUCAAAAACUCGGAAAGUAUGAGAUUUCGCUCCCAUUCAAGGAAGAUCAUCCUGUAAUUGCAGACAAUUAUCAAGUAGCACGUAAACGUCUCGAAAGCCUGUUAAAACGCUUAAAUUCAAAACCCGAUGUUUUGCAUCAAUACAACGAAGUAAUUUCUGAACAACUAAAUUCCGGUGUUGUAGAAAAGGUAGAGGAUACGGAGUUAUGCUCGGCUCCUGUUGGAUCUGUGUAUUAUAAUCCUCACAGGGAAGUAGUUCGAGAAGAGCGGCAAACUACAAAACUUCGAGUCGUUUACGACGCAAGCUCUAAACAAAACGGCGAAGUAAGUUUAAACGAUUGCUUAGAACCAGGCCCAAAUCUGGUACCUCUCAUUUUUGAUGUACUUUUGAGACUCAGAGCUAAACGAAUAGCGUUAAUUGGUGACUUAGAAAAGGCAUUUCUGAAUAUCAUUAUACAAGAAAACGACAGGAAUUUUCUCCGAUUCUUGUGGUACGAUAACGUUUUUGAAAAAGAUCCUGAGCUUGCAACAUUGAGGUUUUCACGUUUAGUUUUUGGACUUACGAGUUCACCGUAUGUUCUUAAUGCUACUGUACGUCACCACCUUGAAAACUAUCGACAGUCAGAUAACGAAUUUGUGCAAACCGUCGAAAAAUCUCUAUAUAUCGACGAUUUUGCGUUUUCAUUAGAUACUGAGGAGGAAAGUUUCGAACUUUAUCGUAAACUCAAACUUUGUUUUGCUUCUGGAGGGUUUAAUAUGAGGAAAUGGGCCUCUAACAGUGAUUCGCUUAUUGAACGCAUUGAACUAGCUGAAAAUAUGCAUAGUAAAACCGCAAAUUCGAAGGAAAGUAAUGUCAUUUUCGACGAUGAUGAAACCUUCACAAAAUCGAUCUCUAAUACAGUAUGCAAUGGUACCGAAUCUAAAAUCCUAGGAAUGCCUUGGAACAGAAAUAACGACAAAUUUGUGUUUGACUUUUCGGAGUUUAUCGAAGCCGCUAGCAGUACUGUUGAAGUAACCAAGCGCAAUAUUUUAAGAACUACCGCGCGGUUCUUUGAUCCGCUCGGAGUACUUUCGCCGGUAAUUCUUCCGCUUAAAAUGAUAUUUCAGCAAUUGUGCAAAUUGAAAACAGCCUGGGAUGAAAAACUCCCUGACGACAUUUGCAAUAAUUGGCUCAAAAUCGUAAACAACAUUGCAAACACAACACUAAUUGAAUUUCCACGAAGCCUAAUGGGAGAUAUUAUCAGUAAUGACGCUAUUUCGAUUCAACUACACGGCUUUUCUGAUGCAAGUCAAUAUGCAUAUGGGGCUUGUGUAUACUUUCGCGUCGAAUCAUCAUCUAAACUAGUAAUAAGCCGAUUAAUUUGUGCGAAAACCAAAGUAGCACCUAUGAAAGGUGAAACAAUACCGCGACUUGAACUAAUGGCCGCAGUAACACUUUCGCGUCUUAUAAAGUCAGUCCACAAUGCCUUGAUUAGCACAAUUAACUUAGAAUCAAUCUUUUGUUGGACAGAUUCACAGGUUGUCCUUCACUGGGUUUUAGGUAACAAAGAACACAAACAAGUAUUUGUAAGAAAUCGAGUGCAUGAAAUUUGCGAUUUAACCGAAAAGAAAAAUUGGCGAUAUUGUCCAACGUCUAACAAUCCAGCUGAUAUCGCUUCAAGAGGCAUUGAUUGUUCUAAAAUGCAAUCAAACGAGUUUUGGUGGAACGGGCCACAGUUUUUGGAAAACGACUCGGAAUUUUGGCCUGUAAAUGAAAUCGCGCCCUCGCAGCAAAUCGAAAUUAAUACAAACGUUGUCGUAACUGAAAAUAACGAUCAGCUAAAUCUGAACAAAAUCAUUCCAUGCGUAAAUUACAGUAGCUUCAUUCGCUUAAUACGGGUAACUGCGCUCGUAUUGAAAUUCGUGGCAAUUUUAAAAGGAAAGGUUAAAAAUUUACAAACAGACAUAAGUGACGACUUUUUGUCCAAAGUCAACGAAGCGAAAAUCAUGUGGCACUUAGAAGUGCAAAAGGUCUUUGAUCUAUCUGGAAAUGAUAAAGAAAUUAGAAAUAACCUCGGAUGUUUUGUCGACAAAGAAGGAAUAAUCAGAGUAGGGGGUAGACUUCAAAAUGCAUCGAUUUCAUAUAACAGUAAACACCCCGUAUUAUUGCCACGUCAGCAUCAUUUUACAAAAUUGGUUAUCUGGCAUAGCCAUUUAACAGUCAAACACAAUGGAGUCAAUGAAACACUCGCGGAAGUACGAUCCAAUUACUGGAUUACGAAAGGUCGUCAGAUUGUAAAAUCCUUAAUUGCGAAAUGUUCCAGAUGUAAAGCUAUACAUGGAAAACCAUACGAAACACCAAAUGCGCCACCGUUACCUGCAUAUCGCGUAUCAGAAGAUGCAGCAUUUACCAACGUUGCAGUCGAUUUUGCAGGUCCUUUAUAUGUAAAGGAUAUCUACACCAAAACUGAUCGUAUGAAUAAAUGCUACAUUGCAUUAUUCAGUUGUGCAAAUACGCGAGCAAUACACCUUGAGUUAGUUCCAGAUCUUUUCGCAGAAACAUUCAUUCGCGCGCUUAAACGUUUUACAGCUCGGAGAGGACUAAGUAAACUUAUCGUUUCAGACAAUGGAAAAACAUUUCUGGAUAAAAACGUUCAAAUGUAUGCGCAAAAUAUGAACAUUCGAUGGAUAUUCAACGUUCCUACUGCCAGCUGGUGGGGCGGCUGGUGGGAGAUAUGCGUAAAAUUAACGAAAAAAUGUCUCAGAAAAACGCUGGGAAACGCAAAGCUUUCGUACGAAGAACUGGAAACAGCAUUGAUCGAAACUGAAGGAAUCAUAAACUCUAGACCCUUAACAUACGUUGGUGAAGAGAUAUCGGAACCACCAUUAACGCCGUCGUGUCUUGUCAUCGGAAGACGAAUCCUCGAUCAGUCGGAAUCACUAUCGAUGUCCUCGGAUAAAACUUCAUUAACAAAACGCGCUCGUUAUUUAGAAUUAAUCAUUGAACAUUUUCGCCAAAGGUUCAAAAAGGAAUAUAUUCCAUCGUUACACGAACGACAUCGUUGUUUGAAAAACCCGAAACGCGUAAUACAAGUCGGAGACAUCGUACACAUUUUCAGAGAUAAGGUUCCCAAACAUACAUGGGCGAUGGGAAAAGUCGUUAAACUUCUAACUGGAAGAGACGGACUAGUUAGAGCUGCAGAAAUCAAAACAUUAGAUAAGUCGCGACGAGUCAUCUAUAUCAAAAGACCGAUACAACGUUUAUACCCACUUGAAGUUAAUGCUAACGAAGAAAACUCAACUGAAAUUGAACACCUUAAUGGUCAAAAAGAACAUGAACCAUCGAUUACUAUGGUACGGGAUGAAGACAUUCGAGAACACAUAGCAAACAUUAUUUAA